GGACUGAAUGGAUGGCAGAGAUUCAAAACACAUACUAUAGCUUCCUUACACAGCAAUUGAUAAAACUUAUCAAACAUUUUUUUUGGCGUCCUCUGUGAUAACAAAAUAUUGAAACCCUGGCUUUAAUUUUACACAAUCUAUCGCACAGUCCAUUCGCGCCGUGAUUAAGUAACACCUGUAGCAUUUUCUUGAGGAGACUUUUCUUCGGGAAAAUGUGAUUUUUAAUUUGGGAAAAUCCAGUGAAAGUGUUUUAUAUGUGAGUGCAAAAAUGGGGGUGAGAGAGGAGGUUAUUGUGGAAGAAGCUGAUGAUGAACAACCCAAGGAAGAGGUGAAAAAAGUGCCACCUGAUGGAGGAUGGGGUUUCGUGGUGAUUUUUGCCUACGGACUGGCCAAUGGAAUCGUGAUUCCAGUACUUCAGGUCUUCGGGCUGAUCUACAAUGUUCAAUUCCAGGCUAUGCAACUGACUGCCACGGAUUCAGCCAUGAUCGUGAAUAUGGCAUCAGCUGUGGGAAUGGGAAUGGGCUUAUUUAAUGGGCCUCUGCUGAGAAUUUACGGCUUCAGGAAAGUGAGUGUGGCGUCUGGAGUAUUCUUCUCAGUUGGACUCAUUCUCACCUCUUGGGCAACAACUUUCACUCAUUUCAUUAUUACCUACAGUAUUCUAACAGCUAUUGGUUUUGGAAUGGCCACUUCAGGCUUCUCUCUCGCUCUAAAUUCCUACUUUGUGGUCAGGAGGAACAAAGCCAUGGGUAUCGCAAUUACAAUCACAGGGCUUGGACCAAUAUUCCUUCCACAACUAGUGACUAUUCUUCUUGCGGAAUAUGGAGUUCAGGGAUGCGUCUUGAUUAUCUCAGCUGUCUCCAUGCAUAUUAUCUUAGCUGGGCUACUGCUUCAACCAAUUAAGUGGCAUCUUGUAGAAGCUAAAGCUCCUCCAGAACCACCUCCAAUCAAAGAAUUUGAGAUGCAAGAGAGACCUUUUAAAUCAGAAGUGAUACCCUUGAGAAUUGAUUCCAAAAGAAGCAGUGUCUCUUCCUGUCACAUCAUUGAAGCUAAGACAGAUUCUCUACCUAGGAAAGUACCGGAAAAGAAGGAGGAAACUUGGGAAUUUCCUUCAGAUGAUGAAGAGAUGUACUUGGAGUAUCCUUACAGAAGGAUCUCAAUUGAUCACAAUGCUGAUCUUCAGAAUAUUUACGGAUUUGAAGUGAUCCCUGCUAUGAAGUUCAAUCUUCAGUGCCAGGCUUCCAAGGGUCAUGAUGCGCUUCCUGUUAAAAAGUCUGCCACUUUCUCAGAUCUGCAGAGAGUGAAAAUGGAUAUGGGAAGUCCUCCGCCGUCUCCUGGACCCUUGAGUGCUAUUCCAAAGAAGCGCUGGUUUGAAACAGGAUCUCUGGACACUGUCAAUCUCGGGAGUUCUGUCAAGAUCUUUGACGAGAAAUUCCACGAGCCCAAAGAUCCUAAGAGAAGUCAUCCUGGGAGCUGUGCGAAGAUGUCAGAAGGUGUUGCGGAAGAAGAAACUCUGACAAAUAGUAAAAAUAAAUCCUUGAAAAAACCUCUCCAAAGAUCCAUGAGCACUGAAAGCUACUAUGCAAAUCUUCCCAUCCGGAAACCUCGGAAACCCUUUAAAAGUAUUAUUCGACACCAAAUACGGCGAGUGGUAAAGUUCUUCGAUCUGGAUCUCCUGCGUGAUCUCGUCUACGUGAACUUGAUGUUGGGCAUGUCCAUUGCAAUCUUCGCAGAACUGAACUUUUCUCUCUUCACGCCCUUCAUCCUUGCCGACAUGAAUUUCAGCACCGAAGAGAUCGCUUCUGUGAUGUCUCUACUUGCGAUUUCUGACAUCAUCUUCCGUUUCCUAGCUCCCUUCAUCGGCGACUACUUCCACCAGUCACCCAAGCACAUGUACAUGUACAGUUUGGUGAUGCUGAUCAUCGGCAGAGCCUGUGUUCCUUUUGCUCACAGCUACUCAGCUAUGCUAGGAGUAGGUUUCUUUCUGGGCGUAGGCAAAGGAGUACGAUCGGUGUAUAUGGGUCUCGUCAUUCCCAGCUACAUCUGCAUCGAGAGACUGGCUUCAGCUUCAGGGCUUCAGAUGCUCACCAAUGGGUUUUUGCUUCUAACCUUGGGACCUACGAUGGGUAUCAUAAGGGAUAUUUCCGGAAGUUACGUCAAUUGCAUUAUCUUCAUCAACCUCACAACAGCCGCAACGUUGGUUAUGUGGACAGCCGAGAUCAUCUAUCACAAAUAUCGAAAACCUCCCGCCCAAGAUGCCCCCAAUGGCACGCAGCAAAAUGGCAAAUAGUUAAUCAAAGAGGAAAUCACCACACAAACUUCCAACCAAGAUCAUUUUGAUGGCAUACAAUCUCACAAUAGAGUCACAUAUUUUUCCCUUGGCAAUUCACCUACGCAAGAAAAUUCUCAUAAGAUGAAUUUCUCCGGUUUUUGAUGCGAGAAAGUCAAUGCGAAAAAGUGACUUUAUGAGCAUGGAAAUCAAUGAAAGCCUUUCCUUCAACAAUGCUUGAGCUGGGUUUGUGUGCAUUUUUCUCUCAAAAGUAAGUCAGGAAAAAUUGAUUUAUUUCCCAUCACAAUAAUCUCUCCUCUUGUGAUCGAGUGAUUGCUAGUGUUUCUUUUAGUUUAGAGAUGAUUAUUUUGUUGUUUGCAAAAAAAAAGGGAGAGACUCUAUGAGCAUGAGAAGAAAUAAAAGGUGUUAUUUUUAAUUGUUA